GGGCGCAGGUCGCAGCCCCGCGGGCCGGGCGGAUGGACGGCCGCAGCGAGGCCCGGGCGCUAGGGUACAGUGAAGCCGGAGAGGAUGAGGACGAGAGCGAGGAGCCGGAGGGCAGCGCUGCGGCCUUGAAGGGGUCCAGACUGCCGCCUAUAGCGGGCAGCACCUCCCAGCUGACCCAACGGAAGGUGAAGAAGAAAAAGAAGAAGAAGAGCAAGGGGUCGGGCAAGGGGGACGAUAAACAUCAGAGCCGAGGCCUGAAGAAUCAGCAACUGUCUUCAUCCCUUCAUGACAUCUUAAGUGCCAGCAAAGAUCAUGACCCAGGGUCAGAGUACAGCCAGGAAAAGGGUGAAAACAAGCUCAUCCCUUCUUACUCCUCCCCUGGAAGUCUCACUGACUUGGCCGAAAUAGAAGAGAAGCUUUCAAACCAGAUCAAUGAAAGUCUGCGCUGGGAUGGCAUCCUGGCUGACCCGGAAGCAGAAAAAGAGAGGAUUCGCAUAUAUAAACUGAACCGAAGGAAGCGCUACCAGGUUUUCGCCCUCAAGGGCUUCCAUUCUGACCCCUGUGCCAAGGAGACCCCGGAGAACUUACUCUUCCUCUCAGAUAAAGACGGCAUUAUUAACAGCAGGCAGCCCUCAUUAAAAGCUGACCACCCCAGUCAAUACUUCACCGGAAACCUGACGGCCAAGCCCCUACACUCUGACUUAGCCACCACUCUGCCAGAGUAAAAAUCUGCCCACGACACUGACAAGCUCAUAAUUCAUCCUUAUCCCAAGUUUAUGUGUUUAAAAAUAAUAAUAAAAGGAAAUCAGGUCUACUUUUGAAGGAAGCAGAUGUCUGGCGUGUGGAUGAGGUCAACCUCUCCUUUCACCAAGAUGCACUUCAUUGCCCAGGAAAGCUACAAUUUACGAACAUAAGCAACGUAUUGAACAAAGUUCUUUCCAGAAUUUCCUUUUUCUUAAAGAAGCUGGCAUGUCUUAUUUAAUUUCUCAUCACAGAUGUCUAUAAUCUGGCACCCCAAAAGAGAAAGUAUAGAUUAUAUCAAUUCUAAAUCUUUACUUUCAGGGGUAAAACGCCUCACACAGCAUGUCUCUAUAGGUCCAAGGAAAAUACCUCAAAUAUCCUGGAGGCUUUUUUAAAAUAUAUUCCCUGCCCAUAUGUGGCCUUUAAACUACAUGGAUUUCAAAACUUCACCACUGGGAGGUUAUUAUGAGAAGUCGCAAAAGAAAUCUUGCUUCUCUUAUAAAUAUGGUCUUUCCUUAUCCCCAAGACAGCAUUGUUUUUUAAAGAUUUA